AUGGAAAACGACAAUCAUACGCUUCCAAUGGACUAUAGUAUCCUUUCACAACACUGUCCCUGGCAAGCCGACAAACCACAACAAAUCUCCCGAAACACAUGGCCCACUGAAGAAGGUCUCCAAUGGGGUUCAGAUCCCAGCUUCUGCUAUCACGGCUACUCUAGUCCCAUUGGCACCUGGACAGAGGAGAGGCUCGUGCAGAACCUGAUGCGGAACAUGGCCAGUUUCUGUGCCUCCAUGGACAUUGGCUUCAAUGCUCCCGAAACUAUACACGAGCCACCUCAGAAGCCUAUACUGGAUCCAUCCGAGCUGAACGGAUUCACACUUCCCAUGUUCCAGCCCUCAAUGGUCCCACAAAAUGAAAGAUUCUCCCAAACGCCCUCCUCGCCAUCGUCAUCGUCAUCCUCAUCGAGCCAAGGUCAAGUGCUCUCUUCGGAUAAUAAUGAAUGCACACAACGGGCAAGCUGCGUCAAAGCAAGGACUAAGUCUGGGCAAAAGAAGAGAAAGUGUGUGCAAAGGCCAGGACAAAAAUUGUGUCAUUGCCGAUCGGAAAAGAAGAGGAGGGAGCUCAUUGGAGACCGAUAUAAAGAACUCUGUCGCAUUGUGCCAGGCCUUGAGAAGCAGUCAUACACAAGGAAAUAUGUUCUCGAGGGGGCCGCACUAUGGAUUCAAAGUUUGGUCCAGGGCAACGAUGAACUUCAUCAACAACUAGCGGAGUUGAAGGAACAGGAAAGGUUGAAUCAGUUGCGGUUAUUUCCUAUUGAGGAAGAAUAA